GCCAUUGAUUGAGUUAUUGAUUGAAUAGAUGAUUGAAUCACGCUGUCGAACCGUUCGACCUGGCUGCCACAUACAACACAUGUAUGUGCGCAGGAGCACAACGGUGUGUAGACCCAUUGUGCAACGUUGUGCAACGUUAACACACAGGAGAAAGAAUUGACCAUUCCGAUCCUCCCCUCUACGAAACCACAUGCAUAUACACACGGACACUAUGGUAUGUACAGGUAAGGUACAUAUGGCAGGUAUGCUACCCGUAUACAUACAUACAUACAUGUGCAUGUAUAUAUAUGAACCCUUGGCGAAUGAAUGACGGAAACCACGUCCGCCUCCCCUGCCUUCCAUUCAGGCAUGUGUAGGCCUAGGCUUACCCAUGCUUUUAAGUAUCAGAAUUCCACCCGAAAACCGAAGGAGAGAAGUCCACGUGAGUCGCUAUGUGUGAUCGACAGACAGCGGACACGGGUCAAUCACCCUCCAUUUAUCUGGUCGUCGCGGGGGGAUGAGGCGGCUGUCGAGGGAGGCUCGGAUGCUUGCAGCUGCAUGCACGACACACACACGCACCCAGCACAGGUGAAUCGCGCAUCCCUAUGUCUUUGUCGCGCGGUGUGUGCCUACGCGUUUCUUCAGCUCGUUGACUUCACAGCGAAAACUGAGAGCAGGCAGAAAGAGAGAGAGCAAGGCUCUUGUUCAUGUGUGUGUUCGGUUCGCCCUGCCUGACUGUCUGCUGCGAUCCUCACCUGGCGAGCUCAGCCUCUGCUUUGUCGAGCCGCUUGCGUAGUUGUUCGUCAUCGUGCACUCUCUGCACACAUGGAUGGAUGGAUGGAGGGAGGGAGGGAGGGAGGGAGCACAUGUGUCGAUGGCCUUUGGCUGAUGGGUCCUGACCCAUUUGGCUUUGUGGUCGAGCUGACCUACGUCAGCCAGCAACUGCACACACAGAGGACAGGCACACACACAGCAAGCCAUCCAGAGCCAUCGGCUACGAGCGCCUGACACCGCUUACUUGCGAGAGUUCGCCGCUGUCGGCCAGGUCGGCCAAUGCGUAGUCGUAGACCUUGGGUCUGUACGACACGUCCAAAUCUGACUCCCCCCCGCCGCACACACACAGACACACACACACAGACACACACACAGAGAGAGAAAGAGAGAGGCGUGUCUUGUCUGCCCACACUUAUCUCGCUUUGUUACCUUUCUGUCGACACAUCGACAGCAUGAGCACAUCUGCCACCCACACACGGAUAUCCCACACACAGAGAUGGACAACCAAACAGUGAGUGAGUGGGUCCGUAUGGAUUGCCUACAGAGCCUAGUGAGCGCAGAUUUCAGAUUCUCGUCAGGAGGGGCCCCGGGGGGUCUGCAACCAACAACAGACACACAGAUGCACGCAAAACAAUUAAGGUUCUCAGAUCAAUCAAUGCUGUCCACGUUUGUUUUCGACCUGCCCUCCAUGAAUUCAGCCAAUGCGGCCUCCCCGUCGGCCACCCACUGCAGGAGCUCUUCAUCAGUCGGAGGCGGCCCAACUUCCCCAGCCAGCCGCUCCUGGCACACACACACACACUCACAGACAGACUGCAGUGUGCUGAAUUGUUCGCCCACUCACCGUUGCAGCUUCCAGGUGGGUGAAUGGGGGGGUGAAUGGGGCAACAGCGCUUUCGUCAUGCGAGGUGGCUUGCAGAGGGUGGCGAGUCUGCCGCACCCUGAGGAGCCGUCCACUGGGUUCACGGCCGAUGGCGCAUUCAUGGGCGGCUGCGGUAAGAAACGACGCAAGUUUGGCAGAUGCAGAGGCUGCUGCUGCUGCCAAGAGGAGAGCGGCAAAGACGGCGUACGGGAAGAGGCACAUCACUUGAGGCACAUAUCGUUGUUACGAGAUCGCAUGCCGCCCGUGAGUGAAG